AUGAGCCCAACUAGAUUCACAGAUAAUGUUACUGAAGGUUACCUUACGUGGAGAAUGAAAAGGGUUAACAAAAUUAGGCCUCUACCAACUAAUGUUUCAGAGAAGUUGCCAGUCCCUGUUUCAGUACCGGUAUUAUCGACUCUUGAGAUUUCUCAACGAAAGUUUGAGAUUGAAAAGAAAAGAUUGGUGGGAAAUACCACGAAAAACUUUUCUGACAUGAUAAUCUCAUGGGAGAUGAUAGAGAACGCUAUCAAAAGUGGUAAAAUUGAAGGGUCUAAAAAGAAGACAGUUAUUUUAAGGAAGAAAGAGCAUGAGACACAUGCUGUCACUCACAGAAAUCCCUCACACCAUCCUUUUGUCCCGUAUAAUCCAUACCCCCUUACUACCCUGCCACAAACUAAAUCUUUCAACAACCAUACCAUUACCAAGUACCCCAACAACCACUGCCCAGACCAAGUUUUAACCUUCAACCAUCUAAUUACACCUCUGCACCUCCAGCUCGACCAUUUACCCGACCAACCUACCCAAACAUUAAUAAGAGGCCACCUUGUCGCUCCUACUUAUGCGAAACCAUUAAAACCACCUUACCCAAGUUGGUAUGAACCUAACGUCAAGUGCGAUUAUCAUUACGGAGUUAUAAGACAUUUUACUGAAAAUUGCACAGCAUUUAAACACAAGGUGCAAGGUUUGAUAAAUGAUGGGCUUUUAUCUUUUGAUACUAAAUUCAAGCCCAAUGUCAAUGGAAACCCUUUGCCGGAUCACAUUGAAGAAAAAAUCAAUAUGGUGGGUAAGAAAAAAUAUGUUAAGAUCAAAAGACGCACGGAUGAAGUGAGGACCCCUUUUGAACGGAGCUUGAUGAAUGAGGCCAUCAUUGAAUUCUAUGAUGAAUAUGAUGAAAAUAGUGUGAAUACAGUGGGUGACGAACAUCAUAGGAAGUCUUUUAUGUCCAAACCCCUCACUGUUUACUAUGAUGAGAAACCAGAGCCCCUAACUAAGAAAACUAUCCCCUCUCUCAGGACACCAAUAACCAUUCAUGUCCCUAGUCCAUUCCCUUAUCAGACCAACAAAGCAGUCCCAUGGCGAUAUGAUUAUGAUGUAGUGAUGCGAGGGUCUAAUAUGACCUCAAAUAGUUCGAGCGCGAAGAAUACCGCCAAUAUAGCCAGAAUAGGAAGAAUGACCCGAAGUGGUCGAAUUUACACUUUUGAAAUGUCAGAAAGGGCCAAGAAAAGAAAAGGCAAGAUAGGAGAAGAAGAAGUAAAAGAGAGCCAAGAUUCUCAACUGGUGAUCAUCAAACACAGUGAGUACAGUGUAGUGGACCAAUUAAAUAAACUACCAGUUCGUAUUUCCUUAUUGUCGCUACUACUGAAUUCUGAGUCGUAUAGGAAUGCUUUGCUGAAAGUGCUUAACCAAGCUUAUGUCGAGCAUAACAUUUUUGUUGAAAAGGUAGACCACAUGGUUGAGAAUAUUAUAGCACCAAAUUUUAUCACUUUCAAUGAUGAUGAAAUACCUCCGGAAGGACGAGGUAAUAACACCGGGUUUGAUUUUGAAAAUUUGACUCACAUUAGCGAGCUUGAUAACGAUGUUGAUUCAAAAGACUAUGAUUUACCUCAUGAUCUGUUGAAAUGGAUAGAGCAAGAGAAGAAAAUUAUAGAACCUCACCAAGAAUCAACUGACCCAUUAAAUUUGGGAGAUGGUGACAAUAAGAAAGAAGUCAGGAUCGAUACUUCACUAUCACCGAUUGAGAAGCAAAAGUUGGUGAAUUUGCUGCAAGAGUACAUAGAUGUAUUUGCAUAG